AUGGAAGCUAAAUCGGACCAAUCUACAUUCAAGGUCAUCAUAGCCGGCGGCAGCAUAGCUGGUCUUACUCUGGCCCUUAUGCUGGAGCGUAUUGGCGUCGACUUUGUCGUUCUGGAGGCUUACAAGGAAAUUGCCCCACAAGCUGGUGCCAGCAUCGCCUUGCUUCCCAACGGCAUUCGUGUUCUCGAUCAGCUCGGAUGUUGGGAUGAUAUUUACGCAAUCUCGGAAAAGGGACUUUUGAUUCCGAAAUCUCUGCUGACAUGUUUUGUUUUUGUUAGAUACGGAUAUCCUUCAGUGUUUCUCGACAGGAAAAUGGUCAUUGAAGUGCUGUACAACCAUAUCGCAGACAAAUCAAAGAUUAUGAUCAGUCAAAAAGUGAACAGUAUCGAGUCAUCCUCGGAGGGCGUAAAAGUCAUCACAAAACACGGCGACGAGUUCAACGGAGACAUUGUUGUUGGCUGCGAUGGUGUGCACAGUACUGUGAGAAAGGAAAUCGCCCGGCUGGAGGGAUCUUCUCAAGAGGACCAGCUGGAAGCAACUUACUGCUGUGUCUGGGGCAUCGCCACAGAUGUCCCGCAUGUUCCAAAGGGUCUUUUGGCCAAUACAUAUGGUGAUAACUAUUCGUACCUCUGCGCCGAUGGUCCUGCAAACCGCUUCUACUGUGCCCUCAUCAUGCGCAUGAAGGAAAAGUGUAUCGGCGAUGCCAUCCCCAAUUUCACACCGGACGAUUGUGCAACGAUGGUCAAGCUGCACGAAAAUGACACCGUUAUCCCCGGAGUCAAGUUUGGUGACGUUUAUAGCCGGAUGGUUGCGACCAUCUGUACGCCACUGGCUGAGACGGUCUUUAAGCGGUGGUAUAGUGGAAGAUUGAUGCUAGUGGGGGAUGCAGCACAUAAGUUUGAACCUCUAUCGGGUCAGGGCGGCAACAAUGCCAUAGAGACGGCGGCCGCCUUGACCAACGCGCUAAAUAGAGCGCUUGGGAAAAGUCCCAACAGAAAGCUCAGCAUUGAGCAGAUCAGAGAGGUUUUCGAAUCGACUCAACAAGUGAGAAAGCCACGAACCUCCCGUCUGAUCAAGGCGUCCCACGACCAGCAAAACAUCGAAGCAAAUCAAGCGUCAAUUAAGACAGCGAUUACCGCCCAAGUCAUGAAGUUGCUCGAUAUAGAUGCAGUACUAGCACAAAUCGACGGCGUGACCUUAGAUGCUGUAUCAUUGAACAUGCUGCCGAUGCCUUGCCGGCCCCGACUAGUCCCUUUUCAUGACGAGCGUCAUCGCCAGCCAGUCAACCGUGGAUGGCUGACGGUUGCCUUGGUGGCAAUUUUCAUCGGGAUCGCAUAUGUCGGGGAAAGCUUGCUUUGGAGAGCAGGGAUUGAGAACGGAACCUUCGCCCUGAUGGAGAAGGCUUACCGUGACGGCCGUCAUUACAACUGCGACCCAGCCUUACAGACCUUCACCGGCCUCAGAGCUUUUGACGAGUUCUUCGGACCGAUCGUGGCCUUCUUCUACCCGGCAACGACUUCGCCUUCGACAUCACCCGCAUCUCUGACCAUGUACUACCUCCUCAUGAUGCUCUUCGCAUUGGAGCCACUGGUUCUCGUGGAGGGGUAUCGCAGGCGCAACAGGCUGAGCUUGGUCGCCGGCGCUAGCUGUUUCAUCUUGGCAGCCGUCAUUUUGGGCGCCGGUAUGGUCUUUCCUAUAUUCUUCGCGGUUCAGUGCCUAUCAAGCCACUCCUGGUCGCAUUUCAUCCCGACGACGAGGGAAAUCCCGAAGCAUGUCGCGGAUCACCUCUUUCUCGGUGUCUUAUUAGGUUUCGCUGUCCAGCACUGGCAAUAUUUCUGGUUGAUGACAUAG